AUGCUCUUGGCACAUCUGGCAGGACUACUCCGAAAAUCUGAGCUCAUCGGGCUGCUGAGCCCGAGCCCUCUCAGCGCACGUCGCUGUUGGCGCGGAACCCCCGGGGCAGACACCCUCCCUUACCUCGGGGUGCCGCGGGUGGGGGGCGUCCCCGGAGCGCAGCACACGCUGCCAGUUCCAGUCCUGCUGCUAGUCCUGGUCCUGGCCCCGGGGGCCGGCCGAGCAUCCUCCGGCGGGGGCCCUGCCUGGCGCCGCGGCGAGCCGGGGCUGCCGCGGGGCGGGCGGGCGAGCGGCACCUCCAGCGCUGCCGGCCUUUCCAGGGCUCUGUGGCGGCGCAUCGGCCCCGGCUUUUUAUUUAACGCGGAGCUCGGUUCGGCUCCUCCCCGCCUUCUCGGAAACCACGCGGCCUUCACUUUCGCUUUCCACCCCGUUGGAGCAGGCGGUGGCCGCGGGCAGGGUCGAGAGGUGCUGCGUGGGAAAUCCGAGCACGGAAGCGCUCUGAGGCCUCAGGGAGGCCAGGGGACACUUGAGCCAGUCAGGCUCUGGGCUGAUCCAGGUGAGGGGCGGUGGCUCGGGAGGCCGGCACACCGUGCAGUCGAGGGGGACGAGGUGGGUGAUCCAGCGGAGUCACCGCCUGCGCUCCGCACCCACACAGUCCCACCGUGCACGGGCCGCCCGCCCCGCACGGCAGCUCCCAUUCCGCGUAGGCCGCUCCGCAGCUGCAGCGCCGUUCAGGGGCGGGGCAGCCCGCGCGCUUCCCGCCCUUCAGCGGCUGCGCGCCCUCAGCCGCCCCUCAGCAUGGCCGGGGCGGCGCUGGGCCCGCCGGGCCCGCCGGUGAAGGUGUUGGCGGCGCAGCUGCGGCGGGCGGAGCGCGGCGCGGGCGGCACCUGGGAGCUGCGGCGGGCGGCGGCGGGCCGGGCGCCUCUGCCCCUGCGGGCCGUGUGGAUGCAGGGCACCGUGCUGGAGGUGCAGCGCGGCGCCGAAGGCGGCACGGCCCGGCUGCAGGACAGCAGCGGCGCCUUCACCGUGCUGGGCGUGGAGCAGGUGCCGCAGGGCCGGCCGUGCCUCAGCGCAGGGAAGUAUGUAAUGGUGAUGGGUGUGGUGCGGUCCUGCAGUCCGGAGCCCAUUCUUCGAGCAAUAAAGAUGACAGAUCUCUCUGAAAACCCCAUUCAUAAGAAUAUGUGGAACCUUGAAGUGGAGGAUUUGCACAGAGUCAUCCCCUAAUACUUUUACUUUCUGCCUAAAAGAACUGGAAAUUUGUUUUCUUUUACUUUUUGGUGCAGAACAUUGGACUAUUCUGUGUAACCACUCCUGGAGUAAACCAAACUGAGAAGUUGGCCUCAGUUAAGCAUAGGGACCAGUGCUUAUCUCUUAAUAAUCACAGUUCGUGUCUCCCAGUCUCUUUUUAUACCAACAUAUUUGAGAAGUGCCUAAUUGAUGUUUUGAUUAAGAUGUCCACGCUAUUUAAAAGGCUGUAUGAAUGUUUCUCCGUGUGUUAGCUGCUGCUUGGGGGAGCUCGUGUUGAGGCAGUUGUUCUACAGCAGGGUGUUCAUGGCAGCAAGGGCUGCACAGGACUCGUGUUACCAGGGUGAGCUCAGUACCUGGCAUCAAGGCAAAAUGUUUCAGUCCAUUUAGACUGUGCUUGGAAAUAAUCGUUUUCACCUGUGUUUUCUGUUUCAGUAAUCACCAUGUCUGUAAACUGCUUGUAAGACAGGUGUCUCUUGGUAACACAUAGCAGUGUCUUGUACUUAAAAUACCUCUCUAGUUUCUGAAAUACUGAAAGUCGCACUGACCCCUCUGUUCCAGUGAAGUGAAUGAAAAGAUGUGAUGCUCGAUUCCUUGGAAUAGGUUCUCCAGGUGCAAGAUGUAAAUACUUUUUACCUCCAGAAACAAGCAUUUUGUUCCAAAGUGCAUUUUUCUUUUUGAAGGUGUUUUUCUUCCUGUGUAUGCUAUUUUUAACUGUUAAAAUCUAUAUUAUAUUCUAUUCUUAUAUUUCCUAUUCUGAAAAAAAUCAAACCAUGAAACCACAUCAAGAGACCUAUUAAAAGAAGAAAUGUUACUACUCUUUA